AUGUCUGCCAUUCCCAAGAAGUAUGGCGUCGUGCUGUAUGAUGGUUUCCAGCUGAUCGAUGUCUGUGGACCCAUUGACGUUCUGAAUGUCCUCUCAACACACGUCGAAGGUAUCAGCCUCUCAGUCAUAGCUCAGACUAUAUCUCCAGUCUCGACAUUCCCCAAGAAAUGGCCCGCUCAAAUGGGUAUGCUGCCUUUCACUACAUCGCAGACCCUGCAGCCGACCCAUACCUUCGAGGCCGCACCUCAACUGGAUGUGCUUAUUAUCCCUGGUGGAAUGGGAUGUUUUGAUCCAGACCCAAUCAAUGUUGGCAAGCCAGACCCUGCGGUUGUUGACCCGAUCGUCAAAUUCAUCUUGGCCCAGUACCCAAAGCUACAAUACCUCAUCACAGUUUGCACUGGAGCUGGUGUUACCUCACAGACCGGUCUGCUUGAUGGGAAGAAAGCAACAACAUUUAAAGGUGCUUGGAAGGUCAUCCCCCUCUGGAGGCCUCAAGUGGAGUGGGUGCCCAAAGCUCGAUGGGUGGUCGAUGGGAAUAUUUGGACUUCUUCUGGGGUUUGUUCUGGGACUGACUUGAUGUUUGCUUUUGUCAAAAAGAUUCAUGGUGAGAAAAUCGCAAGCGACAUAUCGAUUUGGAUGGAGUACACAAGGCACGAAGAUCCGGAGUUGGACCCCUUCGGCAUUGAGGAAUCUUGA